AUGGCUCCCUACUUUGGUCUCCGGGGUAUGCCCCUGGUGAUGGCCAUCACGGCGGCUUGUUCCAAUGGAUUCUUGCUGUUUGGCUACGAUAAUGGAGUUUUCUCCGGAUUGACAACCGAUACCCUGUUUCUCGAAGUAAUGGGAAACCCUGGCGCAACCCUUCUCGGAUUCAUCGUUGCCGUGUACGAACUUGGUUGUCUUGUGGGAGCUCUGGCAUCUGCAGUAUGGGGAGAGGGCAUGGGGAGACGCCGGUUGAUCGCCUGGGGCUCCUUUUUCCUCAUAAUAGGGACCGUUAUCCAGUGCACAUCCUAUGGUCGCGCACAGAUGAUUGUAGGCAGAAUCGUCACUGGCUUUGGCAUGGGCGGUAUCACAUCAGCAGUACCUGUGUGGCAGUGUGAAACCACUCCGGCGCACUUGCGUGGGCGAACUAUUGCUAUGGAGCUAUCGUCGCUGAUCGUCGGUAUUGUUAUCGCGUAUUGGAUCGACUACGGAUGCAGUCUCUAUACAAACGGCUUUCAAUGGAGGUUUCCGAUUGCCUUUCAAAUCGUCUUUGCGAUCGUUUUGAUCAUCAUGUGCUUCUGCCUCCCUGAGAGUCCUCGGUGGCUUGCUAGUCACGGUAGAGAACAAGAAGCGCUUGACGUCGUCUGCCUGUUGAGAGACGGCAAUCCAGAAGAUGAGGAAAUCCAUAACGAAUUCACCGAAAUCAAAGAUGCCAUUGCCCUAGAACAGGAAGAAACAGGUAGUUGGAAGGACUGCUUCAAAGACGGUGGCGUUAUGGGGUGGCAACGAGUUGCCAUUGCAUGUUCGGUCCAAGCUCUUCAAGAGUUUACGGGUACCAACAUCAUUACCUACUAUGCACCUUACGUGAUGGUGCAUAGCGUUGGGCUGAAUUCUCAUCAGGCUCUGUUGCUUUCUGGUGGACUUCAACUGUGGUUCCUCGUGGCCUCGUUCGUUCCAUGGUUUGUUAUCGACAAGAUCGGACGGCGCAAGCUUUUUAUAAUUGGCAGUCUUGGUAUGGGCGCUUGCAUGUUGAUUGCUGGUCUGACCAUCAAGGCCGGUGGAAAGAAUAACGGUAUUGGCACAGUAGUUGUGCUGUACAUGUUCCAGGCAUUUUUCACCUGGGGCUGGAUGUCCAACAUGUGGGCAUACCCCAGCGAGAUCCUUCCCAUUCGAACCCGACAGACUGGCUCUGCCCUUUCCGUUGUCUGGCAAUGGCUCAUCACCUUCCUGGUAGUCGAAAUCACCCCAGUCGGAAUCCAAAACAUCGGCUGGAAGCUCUACAUUGUGUUUUGCAUACUAAACUGGGCUACCAUUGUCGUGGUGUGGUUCUGGUACCCGGAAACCGCCGGCAGGUCGCUCGAGCAAAUCGAUUUCCUUUUCGCUAGCCAGACCAGUCUUAGACAAGUGGUCAAACUGAGUACGCGCAAGGAUCUCGAUGAGAUGAGCGUUAUCCGUGAAACUCAAGCACAGGCGCAUCACCAAAAGUUUGAUACAAAGCAGGUAGAAGAUGCGGGAGAUGCUAUAGAAAUGUCGGGGUAG